GGUGUCGGGAUGCGAGUGAAGCGCGGAGGAGAAGGUUGAGGGAGCGUUCUGAUGGAGAAGUGUCCAGGGCUUGGUUUGAAAUAAUAAAAAAAAGGAUACCGGUCACCUUCCACCCGCGCUGGGACUCUCGACAAUGAGCACUUCACCGAAAAGGGGCACUUUGAGCUAGGAUGAGGUUAACUUCCGGUGGGGAAUAGUACUAUGAUUUGGUAUGUGGCUACUUUGAUAGCAAGUGUUUUCUGCAGCCGAGGAACGGCCGCUCAAGGUGCCCACGGAGUGCGAGAGGAACCCAAGUUUGUGACGGCGCGUGCUGGAGAGAACGUCAUCCUGGGAUGCGAUGUGUCCCAUCCCUUGAACGGCCAGCCCUACGUGGUGGAGUGGUUCAAGUAUGGAAUGCCAAUCCCCUUCUUCAUCAACUUUCGGUUUUACCCUCCUCAUGUGGAUCCGGAGUAUGCUGGCCGUGCCAGUCUAUAUGGCAAGUCCUCCUUGCGGAUAGAAAAGGUCCGUUCAGAUGACCAGGGCUGGUAUGAGUGUAAGGUGCUGAUGCUAGAGCAGCAAUAUGACACUUUCCACAAUGGCAGCUGGGUGCAUCUAACUGUCAAUGCCCCUCCCACGUUCACAGAUACGCCACCUCAGUACGUUGAAGCCAAGGAGGCUGGGAGCAUCACUUUGACCUGCAUGGCCUUUGGCAACCCCAAACCCUCGGUCAGCUGGCUGCGGGAAGGCAACCUUAUGGUGACCAGUGCCAAGUACAAGGUAUUUGAUGGAAGUUUGACGGUGCUAUCCAUCACGCGGGAGGAUCGUGGUGCCUAUACAUGUCGAGCCUUUAGCCCACAAGGAGAGGCCAUUCACACAACACGGCUGCUAGUUCAAGGCCCUCCGUUUAUUGCGUCACCGCCAGACAAUAUUACUGUCAACAUCUCGCAGGACGCCUUCUUCACCUGCCAGGCGGAAGCCUACCCUCGGAAUCUUACCUACACCUGGUUCUGGGAGGAGGAUAAUGUCUUCUUCAAGAAUGACCUAAAGCGAAGAGUCAGUGUUCUGAUUGAUGGCUCCCUCAUCAUUGCCCAAGUCAAGCCGGAGGAUGCUGGGAAAUACACUUGUGCUCCUAGCAACAGCCUUGGCCACCCACCCACUGCCUCCGCCUACCUGACAGUGCAAUAUCCUGCCCGUGUUGUUAACAUGCCAUCCGUCAUCUACGUGGCCAUCGGUCUGCCAGGCUUUAUCCGGUGUCCUGUCGAUGCCAACCCACCUGUAACUUUGGUCAAGUGGAAGAAAGAUGGACUUCCUCUAAGGAUAGAUAAGUACCCUGGUUGGAGCCAAAUGGAGGAUGGGAGCAUCCGUGUGGCAGAGGUGACAGAGGAUUCUCUCGGCACCUAUACCUGCAUGCCUUACAAUGCCCUGGGUUCCAUGGGAUGGUCCCCUCCCGCUCCCCUGGUGCUAAAGGACCCUCCCAAAUUCUCAGUGGUCCCUGGAGGGGAGUACAGACAGGAGGCUGGGAGAGAACUUGUUAUCCCAUGUGAGGCAGAGGGUGACCCAUUCCCUAAUAUAACAUGGAGGAAGGUGGGAAAGUCCAGUAAAAGCAAGCACAAUGUUCUGCCUCGAGGCAGCUUACAGUUCAAGUCACUGACAAAGGAGGACCAUGGAGAAUGGGAAUGUGUUGCCACCAACGUUGCAACGAGUGUCACUGCCAGCACGCAUGUCCAAGUCAUAGGCACAAGCCCGCACUCCCCCACCAGCGUCCAAGUGGUGGCAUCCUCCACCUGGGCCAACGUGUCCUGGGAGGUGGGCUACGACGGAGGCUUCCAGCAGACAUUCUCAGUCUGGCUAAAACGAGAGCAUUUAGGUCCCCAUGAUUGGAUGUCCACACCAGUGCCGGCAGGCAGAAAGUGGAUGGCGCUCUCUGGCCUGGAGCCUGAGACAACAUACCAGUUCAGCGUCUUGGCCCAGAACAAGCUUGGCACAGGCCCCUUCAGCGAGGUUGUCACUGUGAACACUUUAGUAUUUCCCAUUAGUACCCCUGAACCACUGGUGCUGCUAACCCCACCACGGUGCCUCACAGCCAAUCGCACGCAGCAGGGAGUCCUGCUCACCUGGAUGCCACCCGCCAAUCACACAGCACCGAUCCAGCAUUAUGUUGUGGAGUUCCGCUUGGGGGAACGAUGGGAGGUCCUGGAUGACAACAUCCCCGCUGGCGAGACGGAGAUGCUCGCUCGUGACCUCAUCCAGGAGGCCUGGUUUGAGUUCCGUGUCUUGGCUGUCAUGGAUGAGAUGAUCAGUGAGCCCAGCAACAUAGUUGGAGUGUCCAGUACAGACUUCUUUCCACCUCCAGAGUUGGUUGAGGAAUCAGGGUUGGCGCGACCAGUCAUGGCCGGCAUUGUGGCCACAAUCUGCUUCUUGGCUGCGGCGGUUCUUUUCAGUACAAUGGCAGCCUGCUUUGUCAACAAGCAGCGGCGGCGGAAGCUAAAACGAAAAAAAGAUCCCCCUCUUUCCAUAACACACUGCAGAAAAAGUAUGGCAUCGCCGCCAUCAUCAGGGAACGUGAGCCCAGAAAGCAUUCGCUCCAAACCCUCCUCCCUAGCAGAAUCAUCAGAGGACAGUCAUUCCCAACGUGGGAAGAAACCACCACUAAGUCCAGGGAAGAAGGAGGAGUCUCUGUACACGAGGACCAAAAGAGCAAUAACCAGCAAGAAAUACAUUUCCAAACUUGAAGCUGAAGCAACAAUACCCAUUGAACUCAUCAGCCGUGGCCCAGAUGGACGUUUUGUCAUUGAUCCUACUGAUGCAGAAUUGUCUGUCAAGUCCCGAAGAAUUGAGGGCUUUCCCUUUGUAGAAGAAUCCGAUCUCUAUCCUGAAUUCCGGCAAUCAGAUGAAGAAAACGACGAUCUGAGACCUCUUCCACCAGUCAUGGCCCCCCUUCGGCCUCACCAGAUUUCACCCAUCUCCAGUCAUGAGUCCUACCUCCAGCCUCCAGCCUACAGCCCUCGUUUUCAGAGGCCUUUUGAAGGUAUGACCAUCAUGGAGAGCAGUCAACUUCAGGCCACAGGGCAGAUUCGAGGCUCACUCCAUCACAGGUCUUUCUAUGGCUACUUGGGCCCGCCUGGAGAUCAUGAUCCUCGUCCUCCUUUUUACAUGACUGAUACCAGUCCCCUUAGCUCUGUCAUGUCUUCCCCUCCGUACCUGAGUGAAGGUCCUUUUGGUUACUCCAUGAUUCCAGAAGAAAUGGGAGAUGGUGAUUUCACACAAUAUUCUGUCUCCGGCUUCCCUUAUCCUCUGACACUCACUUCUUCUUCUCAUUCACCAGAGUUUUGGCGGGGAAUGGAUUUCACCUUCUCAACUAUGGAGGGGCCCCAAUUAAUUUUCCCGCCACAGCCCUCUGUGCGUCUCCGCCAUGACCCUCCGUAUCCACCUCCACCUCAUGUUCUUCCCCUUGGUGCUUUUCAGCCCUCCUCCCUCACGAUGCCUACCUAUCCAUCUGUUUUGCCACUAGUAGGUUCACAGAGCCACUCAAGCAAGUCUCCUGGCAGGGCCAAGCCUCAUGGCUCUCCAGGCAGGCGUUUAGCAAGGCCGGAGGCUCAUUUAGGGCAGCUAAGACACACAAGCCACGGAAUGGGUGUUCCACUUUUUCCUUACACCGAUCCUUUGGCCCACAUCGCCCCAAGCACGUUCAGUAGCCUAGAUACCCGAUGGUUUGAAUCUACCCCUCGUUUUAGUCCAAGACAGAUUCGUAGGAUAGAUUCUGGUGUACAUCAGGUGGUUCUCCAGCCCUCUCGACUUUCCCCUCUCACCCAGAGCCCCUUUAGUUCCCACGAGGGCUCUCCUGAGAUUGUUAUACGUCCUCGGCCUCGUCCAAACAUUGUUCAAGCUCCCAUACCCCCAGAGAUGUCUGAAAUUACCCUGCUACCUCCAUCUACAGCCACCUUCUCAAGGAGAUCUUCCCCUUCUUCCUCACCUGCACUAGGCCAGGGUAGCAGAAGAGCCAGUCCUAGCUAUCGUUCCCACAUGGCCUUUGCUUCAUCUGCGAGCAGCUAUCCAGCUUCCCAGUCCCCAUCACCUCCCAUGGAAAGCAGCAACAUAUGUGGGCAGAUACCAUCUCCGAGGAGGACUGAGGAGGGGAUCCUUCCAUCUGAGCCCUCUCCACCCCAGUUGUCCGCUUCAGGAAAACGUCGAGGGGCGCCUCAUGUUCUUUCAGGGUCUGAGAGGAUUGACCUUCUGCGAUACCAACGUAUAAGAAAAGCAAAGAAGAUGACGAUGAAUAACAAUAAUUCCAAGACUAGGAGGAAAGCAGGUGUCUCCACCUCUCAGACCCAACAGGCCCACACCUCUCAGGUAUUACAGCCCGAAGAAGCUCUCUACCUCCACAGGAAGAAGAAACGGCUCCUCUUUCACGACCCAUACACUCGCUUUUCUGCUCUGCUCUACCGCCGCCCUCUACGGGAAGACCAGAAGGCUAUUUUAGCCUGUAUGGACAAUGUAGAACUCGACCACGCCACCUUCCUCUGAAAGUCCACGCAGGUCAAAGGUCAUGUAGAAUAUUUUACACUCCAACAAUAUCUGCUUCUCUUUGCACUUACUGCUUCGGGAGAGGAGCAAUAAUAGUUCAACAUUUCGGUUUGCCGCCCCCUGUAGGUCAACCACAAUGAUCUUGUUUU